CGCGAUCGAGACGCCCAUUGGCUGCCGUGUUGCCGGUAGGGCGUGGUUACGGGAGCCGGGCGGGCACAUUUCGAACCGUGGCUGGGGCGGCGGCUGCGGCUACGGCGGCGAAAGAUGAACCCGGGAGGCUUGGCGGCGGUGGGGACGCCCCGGCAGCCCUCGAAGCGGAGGGUUCCUGUGUCCCAGCCAGGCAUGGCUGACCCCCACCAGCUUUUUGAUGACACGAGUUCAGCCCAGAGCCGGGGCUAUGGGGCCCAACGGGUGCCUGGCGGCCUGGGCUACCCUGCAGCCUCCGCCUCGCCCCAGGGGGCCUUCCUUGCUGAUCCUGUGUCCAACAUGGCCAUGGCCUAUGGGAGCAGCCUCGCUGCGCAGGGCAAGGAGCUGGUGGAUAAGAACAUCGAUCGCUUCAUCCCUGUCACCAAGCUCAAGUAUUACUUCGCUGUGGACACCAUGUACGUGGGCAAAAAGCUGGGCCUGCUCGUCUUUCCCUACCUACACCAGGACUGGGAGGUGCAGUACCAGCAGGACACGCCGGUGGCCCCCCGCUUUGACGUCAACGCUCCUGACCUCUACAUUCCAGCUAUGGCUUUCAUCACCUACGUCUUGGUGGCUGGCCUGGCGCUGGGGACCCAGGAUAGGUUCUCUCCAGACCUCCUGGGGCUGCAGGCGAGCUCAGCGUUGGCCUGGCUGACAGUGGAGGUGCUGGCCAUCCUGCUCAGCCUCUACCUCAUCACUGUCAACACAGACCUCAGCACUAUCGACCUGGUGGCCUUCCUGGGCUACAAGUAUGUUGGGAUGAUUGGCGGGGUCCUCAUGGGCCUGCUCUUUGGGAAGAUCGGCUACUACCUGGUGCUGGGCUGGUGCUGUGUGUCCAUCUUUGUGUUCAUGAUCCGGACGCUGAGGCUGAAGAUCCUGGCGGAGGCGGCGGCCGAGGGCAUCCCGGUGCGUGGGGCGCGGAACCAGCUGCGCAUGUACUUGACCAUGGCCGUGGCGGCGGCGCAGCCCCUGCUUAUGUACUGGCUCACCUUCCACCUGGUGCGGUGAGGGCGGCCCCGCGACGCCUCCCGCAGCUGCUGCUUCCGGCGGCCGCCGCCCCCUCACCCCCACCGGCGAUGCCGCCGCAGCUCAUCUCCCGGCCACCUGCCGGCCACCGGGGACCCCGCAGCCUGAGCCCCUCCCACCCUCCCCGCCCUCGCCGAGGUGCUGAGAUCUCCAGCUGCACAGGCCGCCCCCCAGCAGGGCGGCCACUGUUCCAGAAACAAUAAACCGUGACGGACACGG